AUGGACGCCGCUAAAGGACCUAAGAUUGGUCGCCCCAGCUUAGGCGCCAUGCGGAGCAGUUCCUAUUUUCAGGAACAUCAGCAAUAUCGUCCCCCACAGCCCGAUGGCCACGAAGGUAUCGAUAGCAUCCUUGAAAGCACCCAAAAUGCGACGUUGGCCCCGAAGGCGACGCAACCACCUAAAAUAUUUAAAUACAAUGGCAUCCCAUCGCCCGAAUUCCCUCCAAAGAUCAUCGAUAGCGGCCUCAAUCAUACGUUGUCGCACUCGAAUUGCCAGCCCGCACCAGGGACCUCGUCCGACCGUCUCGUCGCAACGAUAUUUUAUAAAUCAAAGUCUCCGCGAGCAGCAAUCACCGACUACCCUGGCGGUCGCGCCCCAUCCCCAAUCAGGUCUACAAAUACAAGCUCACCAUCCUCAAUUAUCCAUCCAAACCUCGCACCCACGGAGGAUAUGUCCCAAUUUCCUCUUGAACCGCCACCACCAGACCCAGAACCGCUCGACCACCUCUACGGAAGCUACAUCUCCCCCCUUUGCCUCACCAGCUUCCUCCACCUAAUAUCCAGUCUGCCCUCUCGCCGGGGGACUCACACACUCACCUCCUCCCACCGCUGUCUCGACAACCCCACUCACCCCUCCAUCGUCGAACUCUCCUUCUCCCCAACCCCCGACCCAACCUACCUCUCCCUCUCCGACUUCCGCAAACACGAACUCCUCUACCGCUUCGAGCGCGAAUGGAACGUCGACGUAAUCCUCCAACCGGACACCGUCCUGCGCCGCUACCCCCGCCUAGUAGUCUUCGACAUGGACUCCACGCUCAUAAUACAAGAAGCAAUCGACCUAAUCGCAGCUUCCAUCGGCGUCGAAGAAGAAGUAUCCUCGAUAACCGCACGCGCAAUGAACGGCGAGCUAGAUUUCUCCUCCAGCUUCCGCGCACGCGUUCAGCUUCUCAAGGGCGUAGACGCAAAUAUCUUCACCAAGCUCCGGGAUGUAAUAACCCCCACUAAGGGAGCUCGGGAACUGAUCAAGGCUCUCAAGCGCAUGGGCUGCAAAACCGCUGUUUUGUCAGGUGGAUUUAUCCCCCUUACGCAAUGGCUGGCCGACUCCCUCGGCAUCGACUAUGCAUACGCCAACACUCUAGAAAUCGAUCCUGUUUCGAACACCUUGACAGGCGAGGCUUUAGGCCCCAUCGUAAACGCGGAGCGCAAGCGGGAUCUGUUGCUCGAGAUCGCAGCAAAGGAAGGCGUGCCGGUUGAACAGGUCGUCGCUGUUGGUGAUGGCGCGAAUGAUCUGCUCAUGAUGGGCGUGGCGGGGUUGGGCGUUGCGUGGAAUGCGAAACCGGUUGUCCAGAUGGAGGCACAGGCGAGACUGAACGGGGAGACUUUGCUGGAUUUGCUGCAUGUUUUCGGGUUUACCGCAGAGGAGAUGGAGGUUUUGAUCAAAUAG